UUAAUUUGAUAGAGUUACUUGGAAACUGGAAACUGGGAAGGUUUGUGAAGAGUCUGAAACAACUUGGAAAACAAGCAAUUUCACAAAACUCUCUCGGAGAGCAUUUUCCAAUCCAAAAGGCACCAUUUUUGUGCACUUCGAAUUCGCACUUUCUUCCUUCUGCUUCUGCUUUCGCUUCGGCUUUGGGUUUCGGAGAAAGACAAACUAGUAAAUCGAAUUUUGAGUGCCUAAAACCCUACCAAACCCAUGGACAUAGAUUUCAAAGAAUACCAAUUGCGCUGCGAACUCCGUGGCCACGAAGACGAUGUUCGUGGGAUUUGUGUGUGUGGUAAUGUGGGUAUUGCCACUUCGUCCCGGGACCGAACCGUGAGGUUGUGGUCUUUGGAUCAGUCAGACGAGCGCAAGUACUCGGAGUCCAAAAUUCUGCUUGGGCAUACGAGUUUUGUUGGGCCAUUGGCUUGGAUUCCACCCAAUGAGGAAUACCCAGAUGGAGGAAUUGUGUCCGGAGGCAUGGACACGUUGGUUUUGGUCUGGGACUUGAGCACUGGAGAGAAGGUGCACACCCUGAGGGGACAUCAAUGGCAGGUCACCGGUCUUGCAUUGGAUAAUGGUGAUAUUGUCUCAUCCUCUGUGGAUUGUACUUUAAGAAGGUGGCGAAAGGGCCAGCCAAUUGAAUCUUGGGAGGCUCAUAAGGCAGCAAUCCAAGCAGUUAUAAAGUUGCCUUCGGGCGAGAUUGUUACAGGUUCAAGUGACACAACCAUAAAACUAUGGAGAGGAAAGACAUGUACACAAACUUUUGUUGGGCAUACAGAUACGGUUCGAGGAUUGGCUGUGAUGUCUGGUUUGGGAGUUGUCUCCUCAUCGCAUGAUGGUUCUGUCAGGUUAUGGGCUUUAAGUGGUGAAGUAUUGAUGGAGAUGGUUGGUCACACUUCUAUAGUCUAUUCGGUGGAUUCACACAAGUCUGGGCUUAUAGUCAGUGGUAGUGAAGAUUGUUUUGCUAAGAUAUGGAAAGAUGGGGCUUGUGUUCAAAGCAUAGAACAUCCUGGUUGCGUUUGGGAUGUUAAAUUCUUGGAAAAUGGUGAUAUUAUAACAGCAUGUUCAGAUGGAGUUGUACGUAUUUGGACAUUGCAUCAGGAUAAGAUCGCUGCACCACUAGAUCUUGAGGCGUAUGCAUCCCAACUUUCUCAACACAAGCGCAGCAGGAAAAGGGUUGGAGGAUUGAAAUUGGAAGAUUUACCAGGGCUGGAGGCUUUGCAGAUUCCAGGAACAAGUGAUGGACAGACGAAAGUUGUCAGAGAGGGGGACAAUGGUGUGGCAUAUGCAUGGAGUCUUAGAGAACAGAAGUGGGAUAAAAUUGGUGAAGUUGUUGAUGGACCUGAUGAUAGUAUGAAGCGUCCUGUUCUUGAUGGAGUUGAAUAUGAUCACGUGUUUGAUGUUGAUAUUGGAGAUGGUGAGCCAAUUCGUAAGUUGCCCUACAAUCGAUCAGAUAAUCCGUAUGAUGUUGCUGACAAGUGGCUUCUCAAGGAGAAUCUACCUCUUUCCUACAGGCAACAAAUUGUGGAAUUCAUCCUCCAAAAUACCGGACAAAGGGACUUCGUAUUUGAUUCAUCUUUUCGUGAUCCCUUCACUGGCUCGAAUGCUUAUAUACCUGGACAAUCUUCCAACAACUUUGCCACUACAGCAAAACCUACUUUCAAGCAUAUUCCUAAGAAAGGAAUGCUUGUUUUUGAUUCGGCUCAAUUUGAUGGCAUUCUGAAGAAGAUAACAGAGUUUAACAAUGCUCUGCUCUCUGAUCAGGAAAAGAAGCACUUGGCUCUUACGGAGCUUGAAGUUUCCAGGUUGGCUGCUGUAGUGAAUGUUUUGAAGGACACAUCACAUUAUCAUUCUAGUAAACUUGCAGACAUUGAUAUUGCUAUUUUGCUGAGACUGCUGAAGUCAUGGCCGCAUGCAAUGCUCUUUCCAGUUAUUGAUACUGUCAGGAUUCUGGUGCUACACCCUGAUGGGGCGACUGUACUUUUCCAGCAUGUUGAAGCUAAUAAUGAUAUACUCAUGGAAAUUAUCAAAAAGGUCAUUGAGAACCCUUCAGUUCCUGCAAAUCUCCUAACAAGCAUCCGUCUUGUAACCAAUCUCUUUAAGAAUUCUUGUUACUACAACUGGUUGCAAAGACAUCGCACUGAGGUUCUUGAUGCCUUUUCCAGUUGUAAUGCAUCUCCAAAUAAGAAUCUACAGUUAUCUUAUUCAACCUUGAUACUGAAUUAUGCUGUUCUGUUGAUCGAAAAGAAGGAUCAAGAAGGCCAAUCUCAAGUCCUUUCUGCAGCUCUUGAAGUUGCAGAAGAGGGAAAUAUAGAAGUUGAUUCAAAAUUCCGAGCUUUAGUUGCAAUUGGGUCUCUGAUGCUUGAUGGUCUUGUCAAAAGAAUAGCUUUAGAUUUUGAUGUUGAAAACAUUGCUAAAGCAGCAAAGGCUUCCAAAGAAGCCAAGAUUGCUGAAGUUGGAGCUGACAUUGAACUCCUUGCAAAGCAGAGUUGAAUCUUUUAGUCUCUGAAGAAUAAGAGGCAGGAGGAGACGUUUUAGGAGAUUAACAGCCAAGAUGGUGGCUAGUUAUUCCACUGGAAAGGAUUUGAAGACUUCAAAAAGAUCUGUUUGAGAUUGUAACAAGGGAGCUCAUUUUCGAGGAUGACAAACUGAAACCAUGUGUACCAAAAUCAUAGGAAAGACGGAAAAAAAAAAAAGAAAAAAAGAAAAAGAAAAUGUUAUACCAACUUGAAUGGAAAAAAAGAGAGGUAACAAGAAUUAUUUGCGGAAAGCAUGAACAUCUCACUUCUGAUAUACGUUGAAAUAAGUUUCCAUUUAAGAAUGAUAUGAAAUGGUAGAUUUGCGUACUGACUCGGCUCUCAACUACCAAAAUUUUUAUUUCUUUCUAGUUUUCACUUUCUGAGCUAUUAUAUGAAUGUAAUACACUUGGUAAUAUUCUAUUGGUAGGCGUUGUGGUGCCUGACUGACA